AUCUAGAAUCUAGUGUAAUACUAUUCUAUAAUUUAAUUAUAAGUGUACAUUUGUACAAAUAUGAAUAUGACCAAAAGUCAAAACUCUCAAAACAUUAUCAUCAUCAUUUAAGUAAUAAUAAGUUACAAUAAGUAAUGUUUAAAGUUUAAUGGACUCCUCUGGUGAUUUACAAACGUUGCAGGCAUAGAUUAUAUUUAAUUAGAAUAUCUAUGAUGUUAUUGUUAAGAAUAAAAUCCUACAUUUCGCCGUUUGUAACUUGUGUUCACCCUAAACACACUAAAGUAGAUCUAGAUCUAGCAAGAAUUAGAUCUAGAUCUAGUAACUUUAGUCUUAGUGCAUCUAGAUCUAGUUCUGUUUCUGAAUGGUGUCUCAUAUGCUCAAGAAGCUACACAAAGAAUGCACCAUUAUCUUCAAUCUCAAAGGAGACAAAAGAAAAACUUAGUUAUAGUAAACUAACUCUGGGACGCUUAAUGGAUGUUUAUGAAGAUGUGGUUGGUUUAGCAGAAGUUAAACAAGCUCAAGAAAAAGUAGUAAAUGCAGAGCAAAAAUUUUUACAAGUUCAAGAAGACCGACGUGCCAUGCAGCAAGAACUACAUACUAUUCAAGCUGAAGUUCGGACUGUAGGAGCUGAACUUGAAAAAACUAGUAGAACUGAUACACAUUACAUUGAUUUGGUUAAAAAAGAACAUGAAAUUCUUCUUAUUGAAAGAGAAAUGAAUAACAAAUUGAAAACUUUAGAUAAAGCAGAGAGAGAUUUUUUUUCCCUUUUAAGUGCAGCUUUAAGAGAGAGCCAUGAAAAAGAACGUUCAAGAGCUGAAAAAACAAAAUAUUGGUCAAUUAUUGGUUCAAUCAUCGGUGCUGUUAUUGGUAUUGUUGGCUCUACUAUUAAUAAUGUAAAAAGAAUGAAAGAGUUAAGAGCCAUAGUUGAAGAAUCAGCCCAAAAUACAGAUAGCUAUAAAUUACUAAUAAAUAGAUUACUAGAUAAUGCAACUGAAGAGCAGCUAAACAUUCACCCUGAUCAUUUACUUAAAGAUACGAGGAAAGUAAGGGGCUUGGCAUUUUUAAAUCCUGAAGAGUUAAAAAAACAUACAGAUUUAAUAUUAAGUAGUGUAGAGAGCUCAUCAGAAAUGAUCUUCUCUCAAAUAAACAUACUUAAAGAUACUAUUUCAUUUCAAACAGUGGGAGGUGAUAAAACAAACAUCAGUUGCUCUUCUAAUAUACUUGAAGGAGAAAUGCUAGUAAAAGAUAUCCAAGAAAAGUUAGACACCAGUAUAAAGAAAAAUAUAUGGAUUUCCACAACAGUUCUUAGUGGUAUCAUCACAAUAGGUUUAUCUGUUAUUGUUUAUAUCUUGAGGGGAUCAGACUGAUAAACACAUAAUUACCUUGCCUAACUACAAUUUUCCAGGAAAAAUUGAAAAAUUCCAUGCAAGAAAAUGGGAUAUAGUAUUGUAAGGUGUUUAAAUAUUUAUAUUUUAAAAUUAAGCUUGUAUGUUGCAUAUAAAAUGUAAAAGUUGUAAGCCUUUAUUCAUUUUUAUUUUAAGUAUAAUGACUUAUAAUUUUUUUUUAAAAGUGUGUAUUGUAAAUAUAAACCCAAAAAGUAAAACUGCAAGAAAAAGGUAAAAAUCUUGUUACUCCAUGAAACAAGUAGUACACUUGAUGAUCAAUCCAUCUAAGUUUUCAUCAACUGUGUAUUUGAAUUAUCAUGUUUGUGAAACCCACAAAAGUCUGGACAAAAUGAUGUUUCUAUUACUAUUAGUAAUUUUUCAGGCAGUUUUUUUUUAUGUGCUUAUUUGAUUAUGUUGUCUUCAAUUUUGUAAGCUGUAUUUUAUUUUAAAGUCUUAAGAAAAUGUACAAAAAAUUUUUCAUUAACAUACAUAAUUUAUAAUGAAUUAGAUACUCUGUUUAUUUGCAACUGUUUCUGAUUUUAAAAUAUCAGUUUUGUGCAUAAUCAGAAUAGCUAUAGCCUACAAUACAACUUACAAGGUUCAGUAUGGCUAUGGCCAAAAGUAUCAUCUAAGUUUGAAAAUUAGUAUAUUUUGUUUUUAGAAUUCAAACUCCUGUGAUAAAAUUGUUUUAACUUCUUUAAUAAUAAAACACUAGAGUACAGGGGUUCACAAUC